GAGCGUCCCCCAGCAGUCAGGACUUCUCAGCUAACUCCUGCUUCCCACCAUUUCCCUCUGGACUAGCCAGCAAGAGAGGGAACCAUGGUGAGGACUAACCUGUUGGUGAGGAACACCGACAUGCGCUGGCGCCUGCCAUUGGUUUGCCUUGUCUGGCAGAUAGCCAUGAUUAUCCUCUUUGGCAUCUUUGUGCGCUUCAACCCUGAAUCCGAUGCAGCCGGGUGGCAGAAGGAGAAGCAGGACAAAAACAUCACCAGCGAUGCUGAGAAUGACUUCUAUUUCAGAUACCCAUCUUUCCAAGAUGUCCAUGUGAUGAUCUUUGUGGGCUUUGGCUUCCUCAUGACGUUCCUUCAGCGCUAUGGGUUUGGUGCGGUGGGGUUCAACUUCCUCCUUGCGGCUUUUGGGAUCCAGUGGGCCCUCCUGAUGCAGGGCUGGUUCCAUACCUUGGAGAAUGGGAAGAUCCUUAUUGGAGUACAAAGCCUGAUUGGUGCUGACUUCUGUGUGGCUUCCGUCUGCAUUGCCUUUGGAGGCGUCUUGGGCAAAGUCAGCCCCGUUCAGCUGCUUGUCAUGACGCUGUUUCAAGUCACCCUUUUCUCUGUGAAUGAAUACAUCCUGCUGGAUCUACUCCAUGUUAAAGAUGCUGGUGGAUCCAUGACCAUCCAUACCUUUGGUGCUUACUUUGGGCUAACAGUGACUGCUGUUUUGUAUCGACCCCAUUUGGACCAGACCAAAGAUAAGCAGGGUUCUCACUACCACUCAGACCUCUUCUCUAUGAUUGGCACGUUGUUUCUAUGGAUGUACUGGCCCAGCUUCAACUCAGCCAUUUCCGACCAUGGGGAUGCCCAGCACCGAGCUGCCAUCAACACUUAUUGCUCCCUAGCAGCCUGCGUGCUCACCACAGUGGCCUUCUCCAGCAUGUUGCAAAAGAAGGGCAAGCUGAAUAUGGUCCACAUUCAAAAUGCCACUCUGGCUGGCGGUGUGGCUGUAGGGACCGCUGCAGAGAUGAUGCUGACUCCAUAUGCCUCUCUCAUUGUUGGCUUCAUCUGCGGUAUUGUGAGCACCGUUGGAUUUGUUUACUUCACGCCUUUCUUAGAGUCCAAGUUGCGCAUUCAAGAUACAUGUGGCAUCCACAACCUACAUGGCAUGCCAGGGCUCAUUGGGAGCAUUGUGGGGGCUGUCACUGCUGCCGCUGCCACCGAAGGAGUGUAUGGAAAAGAAGGGCUCAUCCUUGCUUUCGACUUUACAGACGAAUUUGCACAUAGGACCCCGAGUGUCCAAGGCGGGUUCCAGGCAGCUGGCAUGGCCGUGUCCUUGGGCAUGGGCUUGGCCGGAGGGGCCGUGGUUGGUGGCAUUUUGAAACUACCCUUCUUCGGAGACCCCACGGAUGAAAACUGCUUUGAGGAUAAUGUUUACUGGGAGGUACCUGGAGAUGAGGAAAGCAGCCUGUACUGUAUGCACGAUUCCAAUGCCAAACCUGUGACUGAUCACCAAGCCGCCUGAAAAAUACCCAAAAGAUAAAGAGCACUACAGAAAACCAGAGAUAGAAUCACUGCCCCCCAUUUGGGAUAACUUUGGGUGGCGUUUGGUCUCCCUUUCCAUGUUCAAGUUCCUACAAAAGGAGUUGGGUGGCUUUCUGGGAAACACACCAGAUCACCUCAUUCACUGUUCUGAAUGAAAAUAUGUUAUUAUUCAUGAGAUACAAUGUGUUUUAAAGAGCUCUCAUAUCAGUUUUCGAAUCUGGGAGACAGAAAAUGCCUGAACUAGACCUAAUCCAAAGGGAAAAAAAUUCUCACCUGUUAAAUGCAUGAGAAUAAACUGGAAAGUGUUAACACAGUCCAGUAGGCUUGGUUAAUCAAAAAAAAAAAGGUUCAAAACUCUUUUCAGAUGUAGGGGGUGCUGGUGGUUCAAUUCUAAAGUCAAUUCCAAUUUUCACAGAAAAAAAUGUUCAAAACUUUUCGAAACUUCUGAGACUUCCAAAUCAUUUCGUUAAUGGUUUGAAAGUAUUAUUUUCUGUUUCAUUGGGUGGUCUUUACUUUAAAAGUAGUUGUUUUACUCCAGAAGUGAGGAAAAGCAAGCGGAGGAAAUUCCUUCCUUUUCUGGUUUAAAAC